AUGAACGUGUUCGGCCCCACCUUCGUCACCAUCCACGUCCGCAAGAAAGCUGGCGACUCCGCCAAGCCCCAGGCCUCCAAGAUCUUCCUCACCGCCAGCGACCUCCAGCGCCUCCUCGUCUACAAGCAGGUCGACGCCGCCAAGCUCCUGGGGGUGUCUCUGACGGCGCUCAAGAACGCGUGCAGGCAGCUGGGGCUGGAGAGCUGGCCCAAGGAGCGGAGCCAGCUACUGGCAGCGAGGAGGAGGGAGGCGUGGGACGUGCGGGAGUGGUUGCGGAGGAUGGUAGAGAGGAUAAGAACGAUGAAGGGUCUACAGGAGGAUGCUGCUGUGAUGAUUUCUCGCAAGAGGAUGAUGAGGCAGUGA